GAGGACACAUCGGGGUCUGAGGGACAUGUAGAUUGCCGGAUAUUUUUUUUUUUACUCGAGAAGGCUGGGGCACGCUGGUAGAUUUUUAUGUUCACUUGUUUAUUUUUGCAUGAGUUUGAUCAACUACAGCAAAUGCGCUACAGUGCCCCUGACUGCGCCAGCGUGUGAUCGCCUUGGUGAGAGCUUUUGAUCACUUGAAUAUAAUGAUCAGAUGACAUUAACACGUGCUGUCAUAUCUUACUGGCUCCGCUCCAAAAUUAAUACCAGAUUACACUUUGCCCUGACAGAAGUGAUUUGUUAAUCAGCAAAGCUGACAGAGAGGUUGUUUCUACACUCUCUAAAAUCAAUUAUAUUUGAAUGCAGAAUGGGGUCAAAAGGCAUAAUUUUACUGCUAAUAGGAUCCUUGACUGCGUAUUACAUAUAUUCACCUAUUCCGGAUGAAAUUGAAGACAAAUGGAAGCUCAUGAUAACUGAUUCUUUCUUCCGAAGUCUCAGUCACCUGGCGGACGCCCUGGAGCUCGUGGGCCUGAAGGACUACAUGGACGUGAUGAUGCUCAUCACCCUGGCGGAGCGGGUGACCCCGGCCGCGGACCGCGACACGACGGUGGCGGAGGCGCUGUUCGACGGGGUGGAGGUCUUGGUGUACGAGCCGCGGCGGGAGAGCGCCGGCGCGCCCAGGAGGGCCGUCAUCUACCUGCACGGGGGAGGCUGGUGUCUAGGCAGUGCCAGAAUGGCACCAUACGACCUGCUUUCGAGAAGAAUUGCCAGCGAACUCAAUGCUGUUGUUGUUUCAGUAGAAUACAGACUAGCUCCAGCUCACCACUUCCCAGUACCGUUUGAGGAUGUGUAUCGCGCGGUAAAGUAUUUCUUAACAGAGGACACAGUGAGCCGGUACUCGGUGGAUAUAAACCGCAUAGCUGUGUCGGGAGACAGCGCAGGGGGGAAUUUGGCUGCUGCUGUAGCACAACAGCUUCAGCUAGAUAAAGACGUCCAGGCCGAGCUCAAGGCUCAGGCGCUGCUGUAUCCUGUUCUUCAGGCACUGGACCUGAAUACGCCCUCCUACCAGCAGAACGAGCACAUGCCCAUUCUCCCCAAGACCCUGAUGGUCAGGUUCUGGAGCGAAUACUUCACCAGCGACAAGUCCCUGUUUCGCUCCAUGAUGGCCAACAGUCACAACAGCCUGGAGUCCUCUCACCUGCUGAGGUGUGUGAACUGGAGCGCGCUCCUGCCCGAGCCGUUUCGCCGCAAGUACAACUACACCGCGCUGAGCGCCGACCCGUCGCGCAGCAUGGCGGCCCUCGCGGACCCGCGGGCCUCGCCCCUGCUGGCGGCCGACGCCCAGCUGAGGGCGCUGCCCAGGGCGUACAUCCUGACCUGCGAGUACGACGUGCUGAGGGACGACGGCAUCAUGUACGCCACGAGACUGAGGGACGCCGGCGUCCAGGUGAGGCACGAACACUACAAGGGCGGCUUUCAUGGCGCCAUGAUGUUCAGCGUGUGGCCCACGGAUUUCAAAAUUGCUCACAGGAUGCUAAAUAAUUACAUCAGGUGGCUAGACGAAAACCUAUGAGCUGCAGCAGGCCUUAGGGCUUCCUGGUGGUUGGGCUUCUGUAGUCUUGUGUUUCUGCUUCCUUCAUGGCCUGAGCUACUGUACAUUAACCCUUUCAUGCAUGACGACCCCGUCUGUUCCUCAGACAGGAAAGGCACAGCUCUGAUGACCUCGUCUGCACAUGCCCUUUGCUACUGAUGGCAUGAUCUGGGGUGAAUCUCCCUACAGGGAGAUUGUAAAAGAGCGCCGCUCAUGCUGUUAUUUCAUUAUUUGCUCAAUAUGUUUUAUGCUUACAGCUGGGUGACUUUACAUGGUAUUUUUCUCUCAAAAAAACACACUUUAAGUAGCCUAAUGUGUUUCAAAAGUUUAUUUCUUUUAAAACUGUUUGCUAUAAUUCAUGCUUGAAAGGGUUAUUGUUAUUUUUGUAAUUAUUUUAUAUAUUUCAUAAGAGCACUGCUGAGAUCUUGUUUUGUACUAUUACACCAAUCCUACCUUUUUGCUUUUGCUUGUUUCUCUCUGUGCAUGUCUAAUGGCCGUGAUCAUUUCUGCUCUUUGAAGCGAGGAGGUUGCAGAGUAUUAGCAUUAUUUAAAAAUGAAAAAUUAAGCGAUCCAUGUUCAUUUCAUUAUCUGAAAAGAAAUCACCAUAGCUUAAAUGUACAUUUUUGUGCUGUGAAUUAUUUUGCUGAAAUUUAACACAGGACUCAUCAAAAUAAAAGCUUUGUUGUUUGAUUUUUUUAAAAAAAAACUUCCUUCUAUUGUUUGAACUGUAAAAUAGAACCGAUUUAUAUUUGAGUUGAUAAAUCUGUCCUCUAUGUUUGUUUUAUUAAAUGUUGCCUGUGGUGUGCUAGCUUGGCAUAGCUCUCUCACUAGCUCUUCAAAGGUAAGAUUGGUACACAUGUCUCAAUAAAAAAGAUUAUUGUUAAUCA